UCUGAAUGUAAAUGUUUAGAUUGACAAUUUUUUCUUGAAUAUUUCCGUUUUUGAAUUUUUUUUGAUUUCAUCCAAAUACCAAAAAUCAUCAUAAUGACUGUUGAGAUUGUUUCGAAUUAUAUCGACAAUGUACAUAAGCCUAUUGAAUCUGAUGAAACGUGCUCAUUGCUUCAUAGAGCCAAAUCAUCAUCAACAACAUCAAAUAUCCAUCCAAAUCAGCUAUCAUCAAAUAAAUUGGCCAUCCAUGGCGAGGUGACAUGUGAUUCAUCAUUUGAUUCAUACAAUAAGACAACGGCAACUAAAUAUUCACCAUCUCAACAAAAUCUAUUAUUGUCAUUUUCGCCAUCAUUCAAUCCCAUGUUGACAACUGGGCGUUCAUCAUUUGAUCCAAUCACUACAAUCAAAAGUAUCAUCAUGAUGAAAUUAUCAUCAACCACAACUAGUUCAUCAUCAUCAUCUUCAUCGUCUUCCUCAAUCACAUCAUCAUCAUCAACAUUAGCCACACCUCAUCAUUUAAUAGUGUUCCAUAAAAAUGUCAUUAUUCGUAAAUCUAUUCUAGCUCAAAAAAAUGCCAAAAUGCCCAAAUCAACGAUAACAUUAUCGAUUUUAUUGGUAUUGUUAACAUUGCUCACAAACAUCAUACAGUCAUCAUCAGCCAGACAAGUGGUUCUAUUGGAUACCACACAAGAAAGUUCAUUAGACUGGACUCGUCUUCCAUAUGGACCACAAGCACGGACACCUGGCUGGGUUGAAGAGAGCUUUACAAAUUUCGAACAAGGCAUCAAUUGGCGUUCAUAUGUUGUAUGCGAUGUUGCUUAUAAUAAUGUUAAUAAUUGGCUAUGGACGCCAUUUAUUGAAAGACAUAAUGCAAAUAGAAUCUAUAUUGAAAUCAAAUUCAGUAUGCGUGAUUGCAAUCUAUUUCCAGGAAUGGCACUUUCAUGUAAAGAAACAUUUUCGUUACUUUAUUACGAACAUGAUGGUCUUAACAAAGAACCACCACCAUGGGAACCAGAAUCUUACAAACUUAUUGAUCGUAUUGCAGCUGAUGAAGGACGUUUCACUUCGAAUAGUGAGGUGAUAAUAAACACCGAAAUACGAAGCGUUCCAGUCACUAAAAAAGGUGUCUAUUUUGCAUUCCGAGAUCAAGGCGCCUGUCUAUCUAUCAUUGCUAUCAAAAUCUUUUACAUAACUUGUCCAAAUAUUACAACCAAUUUUGCAUUCUAUCCGGAGACACCUACUGGCCGAGAAUUAACUACCAUAGUUGAAACGGAUGGUGUUUGUGUUGCUAAUUCACAGCAAGUAGAAAUUCCCAGAUUAUUAUGUAAAGGAGAUGGAAAUUGGACAUUGCCUUCGGGUGGAUGUAAAUGUAUGCCUGGAUAUGAACCAAUGGGACAGUCAUGUCAAGUUUGUUCGCCCGGAAAAUUCAAGCCAAUUGUUGGUGAUGAACUAUGUCAGUCAUGUCCAGCACAUAGCAAAUCAUCAUAUCAUGGUUCGACUGAAUGUCGUUGUGAUGCUGGUUAUUAUCGAGCACCCAAAGAUCCCAAAUGGAUGCCAUGUACACAACCGCCAUCAGCACCACAAAAUCUGACAAUAAAUUUUUUGGAUCAAUCAACAGUCAUUUUGCAUUGGAAUGAACCGAAAUUUUUGGGCGGUCGAAAUGAUACUGUUUAUCGUAUUGAUUGCGAUUAUUGUCCAUCAUCAACCAAUUAUGUUCCUUCACAAGAGAAUAUCAAUGAUACUAGAGUUGUAAUCUCUGGUCUAAAUCCAAUGACUUCAUAUAGAUUUCAAGUUUUUGCUGAAAAUGGUGUUUCCGGUUAUGAUAGUAGCCAAUUUGUGGAAAUAACAGCCACUACUGAGGCUUCAGGAUACAUUUCAUUGGUUAUUACUGAAGACAGUUCGGGACAAAAAUAUAACGCUAUACCAGCGACAACUAUCUAUCCACCAAUAUUACGUAUCACAUCUGCAGAUGGAACACAAAUAUCGCUUGCAUGGAAACGUAAUCCAAAUGAUAAUAGCAAUAAUGAUCCAGCAAAUGAAAUAACUGCAUAUGAAUUACGUUAUCAUUCCAAUGAUAUUGAAAGAAAUAGUUCAUCAAUUUUAGUUUCGAAAGAUCAAUUUGAAACAACUAUUACCGGUUUAAAACCACAAACAGAAUAUGUUUUUCAGAUUCGUAGCCGAACAAAAACUGGUUGGAGCGAAUUCAGUAAACCAUUAAUGAAAAUGACUGGACAACGUCUUGCUAAUCCUGCAUAUAUUUCCGGUGACAAUGAAUCCGUCCAAACACGUAUAAUUAUCGUUGGUAUUAUUCUAUUGAUCGUCAUCGCUACAUUCAUUAUCAGUUUGGUUUUGUUUUAUUUGAAAAAGAACAAUGAGGAUUGCAAUAAAAAACAACCAUCUGACUGUGAUACUUUAGAAUAUCGUAGCUGUGGUAUGGAGGGCAAAAAACUCGUUUCAACAUUUGAUCAUCAUGCACCGAUUGUACCAACUCCAAGAUUCAAUUCAACAUUCUCGGUAGCCACUCCUUUAUUUACCAAUUGUGCUACAUCACGAUCGUAUGUUGAUCCACAUACAUAUGAAGAUCCAAAUCAAGCGGUCAAAGAAUUUACAAAAGAAAUCGAUGCUUCACAAAUAACUAUUGAAGCUAUUAUUGGUGGAGGUGAAUUUGGUGAUGUUUGCCGUGGAAAGCUAAAAAUACCCGGAAAAUCUGAAGUUACUGUUGCGAUUAAAACAUUGAAACCGACCACUGCCGAAAAACCUCGAUUAGAUUUUCUUACUGAAGCUUCAAUUAUGGGCCAAUUUGAUCAUUCGAAUGUCAUCUAUUUACAAGGCGUUGUAACGAAAACAAAUCCAAUAAUGAUUAUUACCGAAUAUAUGGAACAUGGAUCAUUGGAUGCAUUUCUAAGAGCAAACGAAGGAAAAUUCACCAUAUUACAAUUGAUUGGCAUGUUACGGGGAAUCGCAUCUGGUAUGGAAUAUUUAUCCACAAUGAAUUAUGUUCAUAGGGAUUUGGCCGCACGAAAUGUUCUUGUAAAUUCAUCAUUUGUUUGUAAAAUUGCCGAUUUCGGUCUUUCACGAGAGAUUGAAAGUGCUACCGAAGGAGCUUAUACCACAAGAGGUGGUAAAAUACCAGUCAGAUGGACAGCUCCCGAAGCGAUCGCUUUUCGUAAAUUUACAUCAGCAUCAGAUGUAUGGAGUUUUGGUAUCGUUUGUUGGGAAGUAAUGUCUUAUGGUGAGCGACCAUAUUGGAAUUGGUCUAAUCAAGAUGUUAUCAAAAGUAUUGAAAAAGGCUAUCGGCUUCCUCCGCCAAUUGAUUGUCCGGAUGCUGUCUAUCAAUUAAUGUUAGAAUCUUGGCAAAAAGAUCGUUCUAAUCGUCCAACAUUUACACAAAUUGUUAAAACAUUGGACAAACUGGCCAAAUGUCCGGAGAAUCUGAUGAAGUUAGCGCAGCAAAUGACAAGAGUGGAUCCAUUCAUGGAGCAAACUUCCAUACCCGAUGUGAUACAAUUUAAAUCAUUUUAUGAAUGGUUGGCAAGCAUUAAAAUGUCUCGAUAUCAGAUCAAUUUUGAACAUGCUGGCAUCAAUAGUCUACCUGCUGUAGCUAGAUUAAGCCCACAGGAUUUAUUGGCCAUCGGUAUUGAUAUUCCAAGUCAUCAGAAAAAAAUAAUGAAUAGUAUCUAUUCAUUACGUGCUCAAAAUAGUAUUGGUUCACCGGAAGGUUUUCUUGUUUGACAAACGAAUAUUUAGUUUAAAAUAUUGUAACAAACAACAAUAAUUCAGAACUUCAAAUACGAAACCCAAACAAUUCAAACGCCAAUUACAAUUGUGAUUUUUUUUUCUCUCAUUCAUUUUUCUUUUAUUUCUGUUAUAAUAUACAUUGAAUUGAUAUGAAACAUAAACUCAUCAUCAUUUCGUUUUUUUUU